CCGCCUGUCUGCGCUGCGUCCGCGCCGGCUCCCGCCGGUUCUAUGGGCAGAGGCGCAGAGGCAGCCGCGCGGCCCCAGAGCGCGCCGUGCGCCCCCGUCGGGGCGCGGAUCUAGCCCCCUCGCCGCCGGCGCCAUGGCCCUCUCCCAGGUGCAGUGCCUGGACGACAGCCACGUGAACUGGCGCUCGAGCGAGGCCAAGCCCGAGUUCUUCUACAGCGAGGAGCAGCGGCUGGCGCUGGAGGCCCUGGUGGCGCGCGGCCCCGCCGCCUUCCGGGAGGUGCUGCAGCGGGAGAACAUCCGCGACUUCCUCUCGGAGCCCGAGCUCCAGCGCAUCCUGCAGACCAUCGAGGUGUACGACCCGGGCUCCGAGGACCCGCGGGCCCCCGGCCGCUUCGGGGGGCCCGAGGACGGCGACGGCGACGCGGAGGGGGCCAGCGGGGCGGGCGGCGCGACCCUCACCGAGGCGGAGCCGCUGCCCUCCCUGGAGUACUGGCCCCAGAAGUCGGACCGCUCCAUCCCCCAGCUGGACCUGGGCUGGCCCGACACCAUCGCCUACCGGGGCGUGACCCGGGCCAGCGUCUACAUGCAGCCCCCCAUCGACGGGCAGGCGCACAUCAAGGAGGUGGUGAGGAAGAUGAUCAGCCAGGCCCAGAAGGUGAUCGCUGUGGUCAUGGACGUGUUCACCGACGUGGACAUCUUCAAGGACCUGCUGGACGCCGGCUUCAAGAGGAAGGUGGCCGUGUACAUCAUCGUGGACGAGAGUAACGUCAAGUACUUCCUGCACAUGUGCGAGCGGGCCCGCAUGCACCUGGGGCACCUCAAGCGCCUGCGCGUGCGGAGCAGCGGGGGAACCGAGUUCUUCACCCGGUCAGCGACCAAGUUCAAGGGUGCCCUGGCCCAGAAGUUCAUGUUCGUGGACGGCGACCGCGCCGUGUGCGGAUCCUACAGCUUCACGUGGUCAGCCGCGAGGACGGACCGGAACGUGAUCUCCGUGCUGUCCGGCCAGGUGGUAGAGGUGUUCGACCGGCAGUUCCAGGAGCUGUACCUCAUGUCGCACGGCGUCAACCUCAAGGGCAUCCCCAUGGAGAAGGAGCCGGAGCCGGAGCCCAUCGUGCUGCCCUCGGUGGUCCCGCUGGCGCCCUCGGGCACCGUGGCCAAGAAGCUCGUCAACCCCAAGUACGCGCUGGUCAAGGCCAAGAGCGCCGACGAGCUCGCCAAGUCCUUCCCAGAGCGGCCAGACGCCAAGGAGCGGCCAGACGCCAAGGGGCCACCGGGACUGCGGGGCCCGGCGCUGGCCGAGAGGCCGGGGGACCUCCCCGAGCUGCCCCUGCCCGUGCACCCGGGGCUGCUGAACCUGGAGCGGGCCAACAUGUUCGAUUACCUGCCCACCUGGGUGGAGCCGGACCCUGAGCCCGGCAGUGACAUCCUGGGCUACAUCAACAUCAUCGACCCCACCAUCUGGAACCCCCAGCCCAGCCAGAUGAACCGCAUCAAGAUCCGGGACACGUCCCAGGCCGGGGACCAGUACGAGCCGUGGCGGCAGGGCCAGGGGAGCAGCUCGACCCCGCGGCCUGGCCCCGAGAACGGCCUCCCCCAGGGGGGCCUCGAGCCACAGGCUCCUGUGCCCAAGCCCCGGACGGUCCCCGUGGCGGAGCUCCUCGCCCAGGAGGGUGGCGAUGCCAGCUCGGUGCCGGAGACCCCCAGGGAGGAGGCGGCUCAGAACAGGACGGGCUGCGGGACGGCAGAUCCCGGCUGGGCCCCGCUGCAGCGGCAGCUGUCUGUGACCCAGGAUGACGCCAACGGCCUCGGGGCGGCGGUCCCCAACGGGCUCGAUGGGGAGGAGGAGGACGACGAUGACGACUAUGUGACCCUCAGUGACCAGGACAGCCUGUCGGGCAGCUCCGGGCCCGGCCCUGGUGCCCGACAGCCCUCAGGGGCCUCCUCCGUGUCGGACGAGUACUUCGAGGUCAGGGAGCGCACAGCCGCUCUCCAGAGGCGCCACUCCGAGCAGGUGGCCAAUGGGCCCGGCCAGUCGCCCCGCCGGCAGCUGAGUGCCCCCCACAUGAGCCGCGGGACCUUUGGGGGGCCCCUGGUGGGCUCCCCGUGGGCCCAGAGUCGGAAGAGAGAAGAGGCGGACGCUGCGAGGAGGCUGCAGGCACAGGUGUCCCCAGAGAAGCAGGCCCAGGGCCAGCACUUCCUCCGUUACGGGCUCCCUGCCUCGGGGACCAGGGAGAAAGACGGCUUCCCACGCCCCCCGAGGGCCCCAGGACCCCCCCGGUACCGCCCAGCUGCUGACAGCACCCAGAGCACCCCCAGAAGAGCAGGCCCGGCCACGGCAGGCCCCCUGCACUGGCCGGCCAAGGCCAGCCCUGCAACCCGAAAUGCCAGUGCUGGCAGGACCGCCAAGGAGCACUCCAGCCCCCUGGGGAUCCCGUACUCCAAACUGUCCCAGGCGAAGCACCUCAAGACCAGGACCGGCAGCCCGUGGGCCUCAUCCGACUCCAAACAGAGGACCCAGGCCCCCAGGGACCCCAAGGAGCCCUAACAGCCCCCCGCCAGCCCAGCGCCAUGCCCUCGGCAGCCCCGGACGUGCCCGAAGCCGACACGGGUGGCCGGUGUGGACACCCACCUGGUCGGUGCACCAGUACCAGGUGGCCAUGACGGUCAGGCCGAAGGUCAUCCCGGUCCAGGGCAGGUCCCCCGUGGAGGGGUCCCGGAACAUGUGCAUGGCGUCCGCGCGUGGCAGGUGGCACGUCGUGUUGGCGACGGUCCUGCGGGGCACGGCCCGGGCGUAGGCUGCCUCCAGCUGCUCGUAGCCGCCGAUCUGGUCGAAAGCUGGAAGGGCCGGGGCGGCCGGGGGGCAGGCUGGGUGGGGGCCUGGCCCUGCUCCGGACCCCCACCGCCCUCACCUCCCAAGGACCCCACACGCCUCCACCCCGAGCCUUUCCUGGGGCUCGGAAGGCGCGGAGGGCGGAGGCGUUUCGGAUGUUAACGGUAUUUUAUUUGUAUUUAAGAUGACGCUAGGAAACGGGCACUUGGCGUGCGGUCAGCCCGGCUGCAGCCACGCAGCGUCGCACGUCCACCAGCCUCGGGGCACCGGGUCCUCCACGAUUCGAGGAGGCAAAGGUGCUAUUUCUUGACAUUCAAGGACCUUCCCAAGGAGCCUAAAGUGUUAAAGUCUAACCUGCCAAAGUCACGCUACUUUGAUAAAGCCGAGCGUGGCUGGCGACAACACGGCCCCCACCCUCGGGGUCCAGAGAGGAGAGCAGAGUCCCAGGAGGGUCAGGGGCUCCAGGGGCUUCGUGCACGAGAGGGGCCUUCCCCAGGGAGGUCCAGACCACGUCUGCUCACCCCCUCGCUACUCCUGCCACCUCGGGCUCGUGGCCCCCCAUGGACAAGCUCUGGCACCCCCAUCCCACCUGGCCCGGGCCUGGCUGCCUGGCACCCGCCCAGGCUGUGGGCUCUGGGACACCCGAGAGGAGACGGACGUACAGAAGCCCUGACACAGGACAAGCCCAUCCCAGACCCAGGCCAGCACCCAGGGAUCCCGAGAGGCUCGGAGUGCGUGUGCAGGCAGCUCUGGGUGAUCUGUGCAAAGCUCCUCCGUGCAAAUGAACGAGUGCUGCUCCAGGGGAAGGAGUCGCCGGAGCCCAGGCUCCCAGACGCUGAGUCCAGGUCACUCCCUUGGGAUCAUCCUGGCUCUGCUUGCUCCCAUCUAGUGACGGGGAGCUCACUACCUCUGGGGGCUGCUCUACAUGCUUCCCCUCCAUUCCUCUCCAGCCUAGCAGCACCCUCUGUCUCAACUUCCUUCUCUCCUCACUUGCCUUUCCCUGGCGGGAGGUAGCAUGGCCUCUUGGAAUUGUGCACAAGAUUUUUAACAGUUGGAGGAGACACCCAGGUGGUGCAGUUUUGUCAUCUCCCAGCCGUGCAUCUCCACACCCGCCCUCCACACCCAAGCCCAGACCUGAGGCCGCCCCGAAGCUGGUGACAGUAAAGCAGCCGGAUGGGCGGGGAGCAGCCGACUCUGUGACCAGAACCCGGGGCUCCCCAUUCAGCGAGCAGAGCCCCUGGGGAGGGUGGCCCAGCCCCGGCCCCUCACCUUUGACGGCCAGGAAGACAGCCCCCCCCACCAUGAUGAGCGUCUGCAGGGCAUCCGUGUAGAUCACCGCCGCCAGGCCCCCUGCGGGUGGAGAUGGGAGAGCUGCAGGGCCAGGCCGGGCAGCCCAGGGGAGGAGGGACGUGGGACGUGACCACGGAUAGCCUGCUGGACCACCGAGGAACCUCCGGUGGGGGGCUGCGGGUCAUCCCCUGUGGCCGGCCUUGAGCUGGACUCAUCCCAGCUGCUUCCCCGAGCCCCGGGAGGAGGUGACUGUCCCCUGCACAUGCACCCCUGGGUCCCCCCCUUCUGCACGUGGCCCCCCCAAUCCCACCUCCACCUCCUGCACAUGCACCCCCAUGUCCUGCACACACCCUUGGGUCCCCUCCCACACACACACCCCUUGGCCCCAUGCCCUCUUCACCCCCACAUGCCUGUGGACUCACAUGUACCCCUGGGCCCCCACUUCCGCAUGCAGCCCCCCAGUCCCACCCACACCUCCUGCACUCCCCUGCCCCCCCCCCCAUUGCACAUGCACCUAACCCCAUGUCCUCCAAAUGCACCCCUGGGUCCCCUCCCGCACGUGCCCCUGCCCCGCCCCCACCUGCCUGGCGCACCUGCGAUGGUGUACAGGGCCGUGACGGAGAGCGUGAGGGUGACGGACAGGUAGAAGUUCCAGCCCAGGCAGAUGUGCACGAAGAGCGCCCCCGCGUACAGGUCAAUCUGGGAAGGGGGCGGGCAGGGUCACCACCUGCCCCAGGCCCAGGCACCUCGGGGCACCCCUUUGCCGCCACUGCCGCGGGCCCCAGCAGGCAGUCGCCCUCCCUGGGCACUGCACCCGAGGGGGAGAUGGGGGACCCUGCCCGCCUGCCCACCCGUCCCCCAGGGCUGCUGCGAGGCCCGAGGCCCAGAGCCGGCAGUGAGCAGCUGGGGGCCCUGCUCAGAUGUACAGAUGCGACUGUUAUCAAUAAAGUCCUGA